ACUUGAAAUGAAUACUCUGUUUUAUUCGGAGAAACCAAAUGUCUUUGUAUUCCAUUAGGAAGACAAAGGAAACCUCAACAACCCUCUCAAUACUCUCAUUCUUUUUGAACCUCUUCCCAAUUCCACCAUUCUAUUUCCAACCUCGAUUCUCUUACCACUCACUUGCCGCUAAACAAAACCCUCAGCGCCACCCUUUUCCGUGUAGACUACAGGACCAACUCGAAUCACUUCCUUUAUCACCAUCCAAUCACUACUAUUACGCUUCGCUACUCCAGUCUUGUAUCGCUUCCAAGGUGUUAAGGCCCGGGAAACAGCUCCAUGCCCGAUUGUGCCAACUGGGUAUUUCUUACAAUCAAGACUUGGCCACUAAACUGGUCAAUUUUUACAGCGUUUGCAACUCCCUGCGGGAUGCCCAUCAUCUGUUCGACAAAAUUCCCAAAGGAAAUUUGUUUCUGUGGAACGUGUUGAUUCGGGGUUAUGCGUGGAAUGGGCCUCACGAGGCUGCCAUUUCACUCUACCACCAGAUGCUUGAGUAUGGGCUCAAGCCUGAUAACUUCACUUUCCCAUUUGUUCUCAAGGCAUGCUCAGCACUCUCUGCAGUUGGGGAGGGAAGAGUCGUUCACGAGUGUGUGAUACGAACUGGGUGGGAGAGGGAUGUGUUUGUAGGUGCAGCUCUUGUUGACAUGUAUGCCAAGUCUGGUUACCUGUUGGACGCCCGUUACGUGUUUGAUAAAAUUGUUGUAAGAGAUGCUGUGUUGUGGAACUCCAUGCUGGCAGCUUAUGCUCAAAAUGGACACCCUGAUGAAUCACUUUCCCUGUGCCGUGAGAUGGUGGCAAAGGGCGUAAGACCCACUGAGGCAACUCUUGUGACGGUGAUUUCGUCUUCAGCUGACAUUGCCUGUCUUCCUCACGGGAGGGAGAUCCAUGGAUUUGGUUGGAGACAUGGGUUUGUAUACAAUGACAAGGUCAAAACUGCUUUGGUAGAUAUGUAUGCAAAAUGUGGUUCUGUGAAAGUUGCCCGUGCUUUGUUUGAGCAGCUUAGGGAGAAAAGGGUUGUUUCUUGGAAUGCAAUUAUUACUGGUUAUGCAAUGCAUGGUCUUUCUGUUGAAGCUCUGGACUUGUUUGAGAGAAUGGUUCAAGAGGCUCAGCCAGACCUUAUAACCUUUGUUGGUGUUCUUGCAGCUUGCAGCCGAGGGCGUUUACUCGAUGAAGGGCGAGCAUUGUAUAACUUGAUGGUGAGGGAUUACCGUAUCAAUCCCACUGUACAACACUACACGUGCAUGGUUGAUCUCCUUGGUCACUGUGGUCAACUGGAUGAGGCGUACGAUCUUAUUAGACACAUGAGUGUAAUGCCAGAUUCUGGUGUAUGGGGUGCUCUGCUUAAUUCAUGCAAGAUACAUGGGAAAGUGGAAUUGGCAGAGAUAGCUUUACAGAAACUAAUUGAGCUUGAGCCUGAUAAUUCUGGCAAUUAUGUGAUUUUGGCUAACAUGUAUGCCCAAUCAGGUAAGUGGGAUGGAGUUGCAACAUUGAGGCGAUUAAUGAUAGAUAAAGGAAUAAAGAAAAACAUUGCUUGCAGCUGGAUUGAAGUAAAGAACAGGGUCUAUGCAUUUCUUUCUGGAGAUGUUUCAUACCCAAAUUCCGAUGCAAUAUAUGCAGAGUUGAAGAGGUUAGAAGGACUAAUGCGAGAAGCUGGGUAUGUCCCAGAUACAGGAUCUGUUUUUCAUGAUGUGGAAGAAGAUGAGAAGACAAACAUGGUGUGCAGUCACAGUGAAAGACUUGCUAUUGCAUUUGGACUCAUAAGUACAUCACCAGGAACCAGGCUUUUGAUAACAAAGAAUCUCCGAAUUUGUGAGGACUGCCAUGUUGCUAUCAAGUUCAUCUCAAAAAUCACGGAGAGGGAGAUUACUGUGAGAGACGUCAAUCGUUAUCAUCAUUUUAAACAUGGAAUGUGUUCAUGUGGUGAUUAUUGGUGAAGGACCCACAAUUUAGUUGGGAAAAAUGGCUUGCACAACAGUCUUGGACAUUGGAAUUUUGCAAAUCUCCACUUUAGUUUCCUAGAUUAUAAGCAUCACUAGUUUUGUUCUUGCUUACUAACAUUAUUGACCGGCAAAUUUUUUGAAGAACAUAUUAUACAUUAGGUGUUAUUGUUGAUCCACCAUAAAUAUGAAUUUGGUUCUGCAGUAGAAGAGUUUAAACGCACGCAAUUUUAGAGACUCUCAAGAGUAACUUGUGUAUUAGAAACACGCGCACUUGUUUCUUAGACGUGAAACCAAACACCGUUAAUUAGUCUAAGAAUUAUGUAACUUACAAAUGGCAAAAGUUCUAUAUAGGAGCCGUUUAAUUUGGC